UUACUUCUGAUUUUGGGAACGUUGUUGGCUGGUUGGUGGCGGCGAGCGCCCUGUAAACUGCGUAAAGAACAAGAUGGCCAGUGAUCACAAGAAGAAGAAGAAGUCCCGAGAUCGGUCACGGUCCCGUAGUAAAGACGUCAAGAAGAAGAAGACAAGUAGAAUUUCAAGAUCCAGUUCUGAAGAUAACAGAUGUGUUAGGCGCUCGUGCUCAAGAUCCUCCUCGAGACAUGUGACAAGAAACCGCAGGUCAAGAUCACGAGACAGAGAGAAACAGAGAGCAACAUCAAGAGAUAGACAGAGAUCGCGAUCAAGAGAUAGACAGAGAUCGCGAUCAAGAGAUAGACAGAGAUCGCGAUCAAGAGAUAGACAGAAAUCGCGAUCAAGAGAUAGACAGAAAUCGCGAUCAAGAGAUAGACAGAGAUCGCGAUCAAGAGAUAGACAGAGAUCGCGAUCAAGAGAUAGACAGAGAUCGCGAUCAAGAGAGAGACAGAGAUCGCGAUCAAGAGAUGGACGGAGAUCACGAUCAAGAGAUGGACGGAGAUCGCGAUCAAGGGAUGGGCGGAGAUCGCGAUCAAGGGAUGGGCGGAGAUCGCGAUCAAGGGAUGGACGGAGAUCACGAUCAAGGGAUGGACAGAGAUCACGAUCAAGGGAUAGACAGAGAUCACGAUCAAGGGAUGGACAGAGAUCACGAUCAAGGGAUAGACAGAAAUCACGAUCAAGGGAUGGACAGAGAUCACAGUCAAGAGAUAAAGAUCAACAGAGGACACGUUUACAUAACAGGGAGAGAAAAAGGUCCCAGUCUUCAGAUAGAGGAAAGCCUAAACAUUGUUCUAGUUUGCAAGAGAUCCCCAGUUACAACAAUCACAAUCACAGAUCUAGGUCAGGUUCUGAGGAGUCAACAUCUAAGAAAAUGCCUAAAUCAUCAUUUUCAACAAGUAAAUAUAAUAAAAUUAUUAAAAAAGAUAAGAAAAUAUCGGGGAACUUAUCAGUGUCGUCUGCGAGCAUGGAUGAGGUCAGCUCUGAUGAUGACACAAAACUACUGCAGCGUCUUCAGGAUGAAAGGAAGAGGGCAAAUGAGGAUAGACUAAAAAACAAGAAAGCCAAGAAACUUAUGGAAACUCCAGCAGAAAAAAGAUUACGUAGACUUCAGAAGAAGGAAGCAAAGGAGAGAAAGCGAAAGGAGAAGAUGGGUUGGGAUAGUGAAUAUCUUCACUUUACAAAUGCUGAUAAUCCAUAUGGUGAUAAUAAUCUGCUUGAUACCUUUGUGUGGAAAAGGAAACUUGAAAAAGAAGGUGUGACAAAUAUCUCCAGAGAGGACAUAGAAAAGCAAAAUCGUGCCAAAAUGGAUGAAAAUCGAUUGGAGCUAGAGAAAGUUAAAAAGCGACGACAAGAGAGGGAGUUAGAGAGAUUAGAGCGUGAAAAAAUGAUGGAGCUUGAACAGCGGCAAAGAGAGGCAGCACAGUUCUCACAGUUUUCAAAGCAGGAAGAUCAGUUUCAGCUUGAGCAAGCAAGGCUUCGUUCACAAAUUCGAAUUCAGGAUGGGCGAGCAAAGCCAAUUGAUCUGCUUGCUCAGUAUGUAAGUUCAGAGGGUGAUGUAUCAGCAGUGGACAUGCACGAGCCAUAUACUCAUUUGACAGGCCUCACGCUGAUGGAUCUAGAAGACCUUUUGGAGGAUAUUAAAGUAUACAUGCAAUUAGAAAAGGAGGGUAUAAACCAAACAUAUUGGACUGACUUAACCAUCAUUGUCCAAGAUGAGUUGCGCCGCCUGCGCCAGAGAGACACCAUAGAAGAUGCAACUACCCAUCGCCAAGGCAUUCAUGCAGCUGUAGCAGCUGAUGUAUCUUCUGUCUUCCAAAAUAAAUCCCUCUCUGAGCUUAAUAAAUUGCAACUAAACAUAGAGUCCAAAUUAUCUGGACCUACAACUGGGCUUGACAUUGGGUAUUGGGAAUCCCUUCUGUCACAACUUAAAGCUCACCAAGCUCGAGCCAGGCUUCGUGAGCGACACAGAGACAACCUCAGGAAGAAGCUGGAAAUGCUGAAAGCAGAACAAGGAGUAAAGGAGGAGGAAGAAGGACAACAAGAUACUGGUAUAAAAGAACCAACAGAAAUAAAAGUAGAAUCCAGUGAUGAGACUUCUCAAGAACCCAAGAUUUGUAAAGAUGAUAAUGAGGAGGAAAAAGAGGAGGAGGAGGAAGAGGAUAAUGAGACUGCCAAAGAUAAAAGUGGCAGUGACAAAGAAGGAGGUGUACAAGAGGAAUGGGAUUCUGAAUGUGAAGGUGAUGCAGCCAUUGCCUCCUCCAUAUCAGCAUAUGUAGCAGGGCGUUACUCUCCCCGACUGCUUCCUGCAAAUAAACUGGAACCUGGUACUGUGGUGGUAGAUGAGACGGAAGAUGGACAAAGACUGGCAUGGGCCCGACAACGUGUAAUUGGAGCUGGCCAGCCUGUGGAGAAUGUCCUAUCGGCUGAGGAGAAAGUUAUGCAGCGUGAGGCUCAGCGGGCUAUGGCCAAUGAUGAAGCACAGUUCAGUGUUGAAGCCAAAUUGGAUACUCAACAUUUCCUUUGGUCAGACAAGUAUCGGCCUCGAAAACCUCGCUACUUCAACCGUGUCCACACAGGCUUUGAAUGGAACAAAUACAAUCAGACUCACUAUGAUAUGGACAAUCCCCCACCCAAGAUAGUACAAGGAUACAAAUUUAAUAUAUUCUACCCAGAUCUUAUUGACAAAUCCAAGACGCCACAAUAUGAACUCAUCCCAUGUGAUGAUAAUAAAGACUUUGCUAUUCUCAAGUUCACGGCAGGUCCUCCAUAUGAAGCCAUUGCUUUUAAGAUUGUAAACCGUGAGUGGGAGUAUUCCUAUAAGAGGGGUUUUAGGUGCCAGUUUCAUAAUAAUAUAUUCCAAUUGUGGUUCCACUUUAAGCGGUAUCGUUACAGGAGGUAAAUUUGCUCUGUAAUUUAUUUUGCAUUCUUAUUUUUAUGUUUGUAGAUUUAUUGUUUUUAACUUGCUGCUUAGCAAUCUUUAUUGUUUAACCUUCGUGCUGCACGACUUUUAUUGUGACAUUCUGGUGGUGAGCAGAAAAUAAAGUGUUCCCAACAAAAA